AUGGCUCCUCCUCCCGCGCCGGCGCCGUGCCCCGUCGUCGCCCCGCCGGGGACGGCCCACUCCGACGCGGACGGCGUCGCGAGCUCCGCGGCGUCGGAGACGAGCUCCGGGUGGCGAAUGGUGGACGGGUGCCAGGCUUCCCUGAGCCCGAGCUGGUGCGAGGAGGCGGCGGGUGCAGACGGAGGGGAGGGCUCUCAGGACUUGGAGCCUCUCCUUCCCGUGGGCCGGGCUGCGGUGGAAGCAUCGGACGUGCCAAGCAGUGCUGCUGUGGCCUCGGUCUCCGAUAGUUCAACGGCGGUGUUUGUGGAAGACCCGGAGAUUCCGAGGCUACUUGAGAGGAUCGAAAGGCUUGUGGCGGAUGGGUUUCAAGAGACGCGAGUGUUUGAAGCACAGCCUCACUUCAUCAAGGAUGUGGUGAAGGUUCCCUUUCAGCUCAUCCUCACACACAGCUGCGUGGUUUUGGGUCCCGCUGGUGCUGGCAAGACCACCUUGGUGAAGGCUUUGGGUGGUGAGAAGUUUAAACCCAGUGUUCCAGCUGGCCCCCACCUGAAGAACAGAACGGUGCAGGCGCAAGCUUGUGAUCUCCAACUGGAGGGGCUUACGGAUGAUCUGAAUUUUGUGCUCAUCGACACGCCAGGAUGGAACCAUGACACCAGCACCAACAUCAAAUCGCAAUACAAGUCGAUCUUGAAAGAAAAGACCUUAGUCUCAGAGCACACGCCUCACAUCAUAGUUUUCUGCGUCCCAGUUUCAGCAAUCCGCCAAUUUCAGAUGAAGGAGGCCAAGAAGAUGAGUGAGGAAUUGCAGGAGCUGAAGUUUGACAAGCGCUUUCCCAUCAAAGUUCUUCCGGUUGCCACCAUGGCAGAUACACAGCAGCCAGAGGAGUUGCCAGAGCUCUUGUCCACAAUCAAAGACCUCGCCAAGAAGGCCUUCCAAGAGACAGGGGCAGAAGUGGAAGAGCCACUCUCCACACGGUUCCCGCCAGGAGGCGAUCCCCAAGGAGUGGAGGAGUUGAGUGCGCGGCUGCGGCAAGUGUUGCACAGCCAGCUGCGUUCUGAGGAAUUUUGCCACCUUUGGCAAAAGGCCUUCGCCAAGGGCAUAGUAAGCAGUGUCAGGGAGCACUGCGAGAAGUUCCCCGAGAAUGACUCCACCUUGCGGUUGUUCAAGAAGGCCUGUUGCACAGUGGCCGCCGCUUGUGGGAAGCAGGUUUCGGGCUUGGGCGGCCUCAACGGGAGCACCGCCACGGACCAGUUGCCUUGGUCAGCUCUCCAAGACCUUCCGACCUUCGAUCGCCAGACCUGGCAGCCUCCGCCGCUCGGAGAAGGACGUUCGAUCGUGAGGAUGUGGGGCUGGGCGUCCGCUGCGGUGAUUUGGACGUUGUCUGUGGCCCUGAUCCGAAUGCGGAGGGACAUGGGCCAGAUGGCCGAACGCCUCAAGACUCUCGAAGCCACACACCAGCAGGCGCAACAGAUCGCGGACCAGAUGACCCAGAAGUACAACGAGGUGCAGAAACAGUUGGUCCAGUCAAGCGAGGACUUGAAUCACAUGACGUUGAAGUACCAGUGGCUUCCUUGGAUGGGGUGGUGUGCACUGAUCGUGUUGGCGCUUCUCGUGAUGGGUUUUGUGGUAGCUUUGGUGGCGGUGGCGUUGCUAGGGGGCUGCCUGGACGGUGAGAUGGAGGUCGAUGCCAGGGACCGCGCCUCCCGUUUUCGGCGCGGAGGUACGCUGGAUGUGGGCAUCAUGAAGGGUGGGAAUUAG